AUACAACUCAGCAAAGGAAGGAGAGGACACAGAAUAACCCAGGGACUUGGGACACAGUGAUAGCACAGAAAUGCAUACCUUCUGUCAGGGGCUUCCAUGACAUAGUAAAGAUUGGUUUAUGAAAUCAUCUUGGACCUUUUUGGCUGCCACCAGAAGAUCCAACAUUCCAACAUCCCUUCUAGGACCUCACUGACUGCUACCAUCAGAAGUUCCAACAUUCCAUCACACUUUCUAGGAUCUUGUUGCCUACCACCUACCACCAGACCCAACAUUCCAGCAUCCCUUCUAGGACCUCACUGUCCCCCACCAAAAGAUACAACAUUCCACCAUCCCUUAUAGGACCUCAUUGACUUGCCAAGGGCAGCACCUGCUAUAUCCAGGUGUCUGUAGCAGCCCUGUCUUCACCAUGGACCUCCCAGAGGAGCAGAGUUUGCAUUGCACAAGCCCUGAGAGGCCAACAAGGGGACAUCGCAAAGGUGGGGCACGUUCAGGAUCUCCCCAACGAUUAAGGUGCCAGAAAAUAGUUAACCGAGGGCUCAUGUCAUCUACCUCUGAGAGGCGCAAUGAGAGGGAAAGGAACAGGGUGAAACUGGUCAACAUGGGUUUUGCCAAACUUAGGCAGCAUGUGCCCCAAGCCCAAGGUCCCAACAAAAAGAUGAGCAAGGUGGAGACCCUGAGAUCAGCUGUAGAGUACAUCAGGGCACUGCAGGACCUUCUGAUGGACAGACAAUCUUCUGGAGAUGGCCAGGGGGCCAGGACUGGCUCUAAUGGACUCUCCCCCUGCGGCAGCAGCUGCUCUGGUGAUUCGGGGUCCAUGCCCUUGUCCCCUGGGUCCUGCUCAUCUUGUACGUCUGAAGAGUGCUCCCAGGAGGACAGUAGUAACGUAUCUGAUGCAGACAUAUUCCUAACACUACACGGCUGGGGAUAGCUAAGAGGUUAGUGCACCUGACUGCCUUUUACUACAUUGUAUACUGGGAACCUUCUGUGCCUUGAUAAGAGAAAUACGUUUAGAUCUUUAUCAAUAAUGACCAGAUAUCAGUUAUAUGUGGACCACCAGUGUAUAGCAAUAGGUAAAGUAUAUUUUCAGCUGUGGUCGGAGUACAACUCUCAUCACCUUCAGUCAUGUUGCAGUUGUUUGAGGGUGCUGGAAGUUGACAGCCAUUUAUAGAUGGAGGACUAAUUUUUAACUCUUUUAUUUUGUAUUAUAUUUAUAUUAUAUAUAUAUAUAUAUAUAUAACUUCACAGCUUUUCUGUAAACUUAUUCAAUAUCCAGAUCCAUGCUAAACAAAGACACCCAGACUUUCUCCAUAUCACACACACACAGGUAAUACAGAAACCUCAGAGUUUGAUGGCUUAUUUUACCAUCAGCCAAUACACUAUAGAAUCAUUUGAAUUUGUUUUUAUAAACUAACUGCAGAUUCCACAACACUGUUUACAAACAAUAAAAAAUAAAAAAAAACUACAUAAAACAAAUAAUAUACACAGAAGUAGAUGGGUUGGAGGGGGUGGGGGGUGAGAUUGAAUGGAUAAGAAGGAAGAAAUGUAUUUACUAUAAAUACUGUAACAACCCAACCCCCUCCCCAGGUCAAUAAGGAUAGAUUUUAGGCAGAUUCCUAGUUAUAGCAGUUCAGUUGGUAUUUUAUCAUGCAGCAGUGGGUUAAUAAAAGGCACUAAUCAGACUGCUCUCUCUAAACUGCAGAGCUAAGAAUUCAGUGAAGUGUAAGUUGUCAGCAUACUCAAAAACAAUGUCAUUUUUAGGCUGCAGUUAAAUGAAAAAAAAAAUAAUGAAAAAAGAUAAUUUUGGAGAUUAUUUUUCCAAUCUUCCUUUUGUGGCCUGAAAAACUGAACUCACAUUCAAAUCACUUUAAAUUCUUGACAUUUUUCACUUCAGUGAUUAAACCUGUCAGUGUCUUCUAGUGACUCCUUAAACAUCAUUGCCAACCAUUGUAAACAAUUUCCAAGGACGGUUUGUGGCUAGUAUGCACACAGAUGUACACAGACGUACACAGACACACACAAACAAACACACACACAAACAUAGAAAGACUAAUACACACACAAACUCCCUGACAUAUAUACAAACACACACACACACACACACAACAAGACUAAAAAAGAUACACAAAUACUAAUACACACACAAGCACCCUGACAUACACAGACACACACACACACACACACAGAAAGACUCAAAGAGAUACACGCAUACUAAUACACACUCAAACACUCUGACAUACACAGACACACACAGCAAGACUCAAAGAGAUACACAAAUACUAAUACACACAUAAGCACCCUGACAUACACACACACACACAUACACACACACACACUGAAACAUUCAAAGAGAUACACGCAUACUGACAUACACACAAACACCCUGACACACAGACACACACACACAGCAAAACUCAAAGAGAUACACACAUACUAAUAGACACACAAACGCCCAGACACACACUGAGAAAAUCUCACACAGACAUACACAUACCGAAAUAAAUAAAGAUAACACAUAUUCCUCUCCAAUUUCCCGUGGGUCCUGAAGCAGCUACAUUGGCUGUAGUUCCCCCCUGAAAUGUGGGACAGGAUGUUUAGUUUUUCUGGGACUGUCCCAGAAAAUUCAGGACUAUAUUCAACUAUGCUUAUGGCUGGGGUAACGCACAAUAGAGUGCGUCUGAUGGUCUAUGGCUGUACUACAGUACUAGUUACAUCUUAUUAAUGAUAUCACAGUAUUAUUAUUUUUAUUAUUCGAUGUACUCAUUUAUUGUCAGGUUUCAGACUUUAUCACAAAGUUUAUAUUCAUUUGCUAUCAAAUAAUAGCAGAUGUGAACGUCGAUUUUCUGCAGCACAUUUUACUAAUCCAGUCUGGUUUUAUUUUUCUUACUUUCAAAAUAUGUAAAUGAACUUUGGUAAUGUAACUAAUGGUAACUUCUUUAUAUUCAUCAAUGACACAUUAACAUCUAAAUGGAAAGAACUCUGCACCAUAUACUACUUUAUUUUAAUAGUGGGACUUUGUGUAUACAUAGGCAUACGUUUUCUUUUAACUAGAUAAGCUAUCGCAAAAUGACACAAAAUGUGCACUACAGAACUAAUGGGAGGGGAAGUGAGGGCUGUUUGGACAUCCAUUAGGGCAAUGGGUAUUCAACCUUCAGCACUCUAAAUGUUAAGGACUACAUCUCCCAUAAUGCUCUUACAGCCAUAAUGCUGGCAAAGCACCAGGUGACAUGUAGUCCACAUCAUCUGGCGUGCCAAAGGCUGCCUACCCCUGCACAUCAGGCACACCUCUAGCACAUUCCUAUGAGUGCGAACAUCGGUGGUUAUAGAUUAAUUUUGCUGGAGGGGAAAACGCAAAGUGAGGGUCUUUUUCUUUUUUUUUUGCUCAAAUAUUCUUAUUUUUUUUUUUUUAUAAAGGUGCUGGAGGGUAAUGUUAUGAAGUUAAAGAUUGGAGUUAUUCGAGGUAGGUUUACAGAAUAUUAAAAUUAGAUUGUUAAAUUAUUUGAAUUGUUUAGAAACUGGAGUUUAGGAUUAAUUGUCAACAUCAGGGUUUCUGGUAGCUAGAUUUAGGAUUAAACAAACACUGAAAGCACUCUAACAACCUCAUCUUAUUGGAAUUGUUGUAGUGCCUGCAGUAUUGUCCUCCUCCCCAGUCCUACUCAACAAAACUCAAUAUUAAAAUAAUUAGAAGGCUUGAAAGUCACAAAUCCAAGACCUCUGAGUAUGAGAGCCUGGAGUCUUAAUUCUUACCGUAACAUACCAUGACGUCACGCGCAUGCGCAGUGCCAUCACGGCUACCAUAGAGAAUCAAUGGGUACAUUAGAGUUCAAUGAUUUUCAAUGGAAGAAUCGUAGGCGCAUCGCUCCACAAUGCUUUAUGAGGACCAUUGGAUUGGCCCGUCGUCCUGAAGGCAGCUCUCAGGAUGACAUAAUCUGAGGAGGAAGAUACGAAUCACGGCAGCACUGAGGGAGACUCGGCGCUGGAGAACAGGUGAGUAAUUUGUUGAUUUUUAAUUUAUUUUGUUAUUUGUUUAAACAGUUGGGGGGGGACUUAAUUGCCAAUUGACAGGGCUAUAGCGUUAGAAGUAAGAUAUCUACAGUGUUCCUUUAAGGAUUUGAAGUCAGGGGUUAUAUGGGUACAUCGGGGGCGAUUUAUUAAGACAAAACCAGUGCAAUAGUGGAGCAAAGUGCUAAAUAAAGAGCAAUCACCAUGGAAACUAAUGAAUUUAGCACUUUGGCUCAGAAAGCAGCACCUGUUCUGCCGUAAUAAAUCUCUAGAAUGAACAUUCCCUCACGUGAUGCAAACUAUAACAACUUAUAUGGAUGUUCAAAAAAGUGAGAAUUCAGAGUGAAUUCAAAGUGAAUUUCAAAUGGAAGGCAAAAAUAACCGAAGUGCAAAAAUUAUCUAAGUCAGCUAUGCUUCCAGUUCAGCUAGUUUGACCUUAAAUUUGAAAUUCACUUUGAAUUUUCGCUUUAGUGAAAAACCCUGAUAAUCUUGAGAUGAGCACUGAAAGUACGGAGCUAAUACCAUAGUACUUCAAAUACUACAACCCUCAACCAGCCGUAUGCAGCAUGAAAUGGCAAAACCGAGAACAGGGGGGCAGUGAUUAUGGUAAAUUGCUGUGGCAGAAUGAAUUAACAUGCCCUUUCAGUGGUCUUACCUUUUAAUGCCAAGGGCAAUUUACCUUUACCCCUUUUGAAUGUCAGUGGCGUACACAACAUGCUAAGGACUUUCUCCAAACAUACAUCAUCAUCAGAUUGUCAAGCGAAUUAGAUUGAAAUGAAACAGCAAGCUCUCAUCGGAGCUCUGUUCUGCACUUCCUGAUGUCAAUAACUUAAAUUCCACUGAAAAAUUUAUAUAUUUUUUAAAAUGUUGAUUUAGAUGGCAGAUAAGAGGUAAGAGAUAGAUUGCUCAUUCUGACAUUCAAUCCAUACUUAAAAAGCACAACUGCUGUUCAACUUCCUCCAUUACCCCCUCCACUGGAAGGCCAUUCCACGCUCGUACAUGCCUUUCUGUAAAUAUUUAUGAUCAAAAUUCAGUUUAUUUUGCCUUAACCUCCAAACAUAUCCAUUUGUUAUUAAAUAUAUGGUCCUAUAUCGCCUGCCUACCCUGUCACAGUGAUAUUUUAUUUUGAAGUCCUUGCACGAUUACGCUAGAGUUUCCUUCACAUUGUUUCAAUGUCUCGGAUACACUUGUAACUAAAUAUAUUAUUGUUAUCAGCAUUUAUCUAGCGUCAACAUAUUCCGCCACGCUUUACAAUUUUAUAAAGGGAAAAAUGUAACAAUACAAAAUGUUACAGGAACAAUAAGUUGAUGAGGAUCCUGCUUAAAAGAGCUUACAGUCUAUAAAGUAUAAAGUAAUGAUGAAGGUACAGGCCAAACUUUGGGGCCUAGACUCUCGAAUUGAAAUGUAUUGUGUCCUGUAAAAAGCAGUUGAUUGUUGUAUUCAUUGCAUUACGAUAUCUGUGUUAGUGAGUUUGUAUUUCCUAUCUCUCCAGCCUUCGUGAGUGAUUCCCAAUAUAGUUUCACUUUACUGUACCUGGCACGUGGGUUGUGAAUUAAUGCGUAUUAACUGCCAUCAAAAAUAUUUCAGUUAUCAACUCACUGCAAAUUACAGGGGUUUAUUUAGUAAACUCCGAACCGUAGCACAAUAAAAUCUGAAUGGCAAUUUUUUAGGGCCCAAAAUUUGAUGUUCACAUUCAGGAUUACAUAUCUCCCACACGUCCCUAUUUAGGAGGGACAGUCCCUAUUUCAAGCCCAAAUCCCUCUGUUUAUUUUUUCUGUCCUAUGUGCCUCUUUUCUAGGAGCUCCGUCUUGUUGGUGUGUCUGAGUGGAUAACAGAGCUCCACAGUAAUAAUACUCUCAGUAAUUUGUCUUCAAACUACAAUUAAUGUGUUUAGAAAUCAAUCUGUGUAAAUAAUAUACACUGUUAUUGUUCUAAAUUACAUUUUAAUUGUUUUUCGUGUCACCUAAAAAAUUUUAAAACAGCCCCGCCACUGAUUACACCCCCACUCACACCCCUAAAAUUAAAAUGCCCUUCUUUGUCCAUUACAAAUUUUGGGAGGCAUGGAGUGUGAGCAUGGUGUCAUUGUCCCCAUACCGACUGGGGUCUAAUCAUUAAACACUGACAAUGUUAUUCACUAGAGUGUGAUAAAACAGGAAUUCAAAAUAAACAGGGUUAUUUACUAAAGUCCAAAUUUUAGUGAAUUAAAUUCAAAUAACAUUUAGGAAAAAAUACACAAACUGUGUGACUGUGAAUUUGCUCCCAAACUGCUAUUUUUGUUUCUAUUUUGCCAUUGUGAUUUAAUUUACAAAAAUUCAUAGUUUAGUGAAACAAUGUUCUUCAGUUAAGUUUGAAUUCUAGACACCUCACAUUCUACUGCCUAUAUUCUGCUGUUGAGAUUUAAUUUAUUGAAAUUCAGAGUACAUUAAAUAAUCAUGUUUGAGUUCAUUUUGAAUUCAUACUUUAGUAAUAACCUUGUUACUGUAUCACUAGACCCCAGCUUUGGGGAGGCACAAUGAAACCAUCCUCAAUAAACAUAAAUUUUUCCCUUUUGCAUUAAUAGAGAGUUUAUCAUAUGACGAACAUACAAAUGAGGGAUUAUUUACACAGCUCUAGUUUAUGCAAAUGCGAGAGACAAAAAAGGCAAGUACGGUGCUUACUAUGAACUUUAUUUACCACUGAAAUAGUGAAUGACUUUCUACUGCUUCUGAUACUUCAAAUGGCAACUGAUUAAAAUUUUUAUUAGAGCUCUCCAUGCGGUGUACCUCAUUUUUAGAUUUAUGCCCCCCACCCCGCCACAAUGACUCAAUUUCACAUCAGUUUAAUAUAAUAUGUAUCUGCAUGUAUUUCACAAUACUUUUUCUUUUUAUGAAGCAUGUAACUGCCAUUUACCAUUUAACUGCCAAUACUUGCGCAAGUCAGACCUUUAGGGUAUAUGUAAAAUACAUCUAAUUUUUAUUAUUACUUACCAAUAUACUAGUUUCCGUUUUGUCAUUCCAAGCACACACACAUGGCUGGUGCAAGGGGUAGGGAAGGUAAGUUACGCAAUCCUAUGCACUCUUUUUAUUGUAAAUAUUGUAAAUAAAUAAAUCAUUAUGUAUGCGGGUGGGCAGAAUAAAUCAGCUUGGUCCCUUUUUUUAUAAUUUAGUGGCAGAGCUGGACUACCCAUUAGGCAACCAAGGUGGUCGCCUAGGGCCGGUUUCGGACAACUCUGGAACUCUGACUCUGAGCAGGCCUGCCUUGAGCUGGCUUGGAGAUCAAAAAAUCUGUCUGCACGGCCCUGUGCUCCCUCACUCUGUUGGUGUAGUGUUGUGGUAUGUUCCAAUAUCAGAUACAGACAACUUUAAGAGCACCCUUGUGAUCCCCCCGGCAUUCUCGAUGACUCAGAAUGCCACAGCAAGAAUCUGAGUCAUUGAUUGACCAUCAGAACUGUGAGCACACUCUUAAAGAGGGCUAUACCUGAUAUUGGUGUAGGCAAUGUAGCUUCUGCUCAGUCACUACAUACACACAACAAUCAACUAUCACACAUACACUCAACCCCCCCCCCCCCACACACACACAGCACUCUGCCUCCUCCACACAAAACACUCAGCCAAUAAACACACAUGGCACUCAUUCGACACAUACCACUCACAGAAACAGAGGAUAGGGCUCUAGGAGGGGACCCCAGUCUUGCACCCUGCCUCGGGCUAUUUGUCUAUUACUAUGCAUAUUCACGCUCUACGACAGCCUGUACCUUGAUCACAGAUGGCCAGUGAAUAUGUGAUAGCCUCCUCUGUUUUGCUCCUCACAAUCCAGAGUUGACUUCAGAAUAAUCCCAUGAGGAUCAAAUGUUAGUCAUAUGUUUUUAGUUAAAAUUUUUAUUAUAAUUAUUAUAAUCAUUUUAUUAUUUAUAUAGUGCAAGUAGCACUGUACAAUGGGACAGGAAUAAUAAUUAUGAUUUGAUGCCCAUGGUCCAUUUUUGAUAUUUUAAUAGUUUGAUUUGCUUGCGCCCAUUCAUUAACUAGCAAUCACAGCAUUCUAAGGACUGAUUUAGGUUGAAAAUAUUAGCUCAGUUUUGUGAAAAGUUCCAGGAAUUCACUUAUUGGAUUCUUUAUACUUUUACUCAAAUUCCAAUUAUUCUUGAUGUUUUAAAGAGAAAGUAGAAGGGAGUAGGUUGCUCAAGUCUUCUAUGGCUUCUUAAAUCUUUGUUUGGUCAAGAGAGAAAGUUCUUAGUUGCAGAGAUCACUUAAUGUUUACUGGAAUGUUUGUCUGUGUCUGAUUAAAUCCCCUCUUAUUGGAGACUAAUACCCUGUGACUCCUCUUUGAGAGGUGCCUUGUAGGUGUUUUUCUUGCUAGCUUUAUCUAACAUCAUUGGAACUCUCUUUGUAUUGUUGUAUCUGUCUGUGUUUUGUAAGAUAAUGUGGGAACACAGUCUAUUUUCUGGACGUUAAACAGGACUUAUUUAUACUAUUUUUACGUCUGGCUAAUUUAAAAUGGCCAGAUAUGUGGAACUCAAUUAAGGUCUACUAACCCUUCAAAUGAAUACCUUAUUUGCCUGUAUAGUUUAAAUGUAUUUGAUUUCGCACUUUUAACAUAUCAAGGUUUAACUAACAAGAGCCUUAAAAAUUUAAUAAAUUUUUUUUAAAUCCACGUUUUUGGUUUUUAAAAUAGGAAAGAAAGGCCUGUACUAGAAUUUACAAGAUUAUGUUUAAUGGUUUCAUUAAUGGGACAAAAGGCCAUGGACUCUCUCGCUCUCUUCAAUGGGUUGUAUAGCUAACUGCAUUAAAAAUAGCAAUAAAUACAUAGAUACUUCACUUUUGAAGGUCCUAAUUUUUAAGAAAACCCCAGGAACUUUAGCUUCUAAUGUGAUCUACCGUUAUAUUUUGCUGGGUUUCAUGUGAUUCCUUCGUGUUUAGAACUCGACCUAUAAUUGCUCUUUAUACAUUACCCAUUUUGACUAUACUGCAUGCUUUUAAUAAUGCGAUCUAUUUGUUAAUCUCACAAUUUAUUUUAUUUUCUACCCACAGACUGCAUGACUGAAAUCCUUUUAAGGUCUCUAUCUUCAACAAGGACACGAAAAAUGAUGUUCCACUUAAAUGUUCCACCGAUGCCUUGAAUCCAAAUAUAAUAUAUUAAGACAGAUAUUUAUAUGAAACGUUGUAUAUAGGUGGUAGCAUUCUAUUCUGCCAUUUUUUUUUUUUAAUUUAAUGCUAUUCCAGGUAAUAUAUUUAGUUAAAACAGUAUUUUAUGCCUUGAUUUUAACCGAUAACCGAGCAAGAAGAAUUUGAUGUACGUUGUGGGUAUUUGUGGAUAAUUUUCCUAAAAACUGUGCAGAGAAAAAAGGCUUUAAAAUUCACAAAAGUCUUCAAACAUUCUUUUCUUCAAUGGGAUCAAUUGUAUUAUAAAAACCUCUUCUUUUUUCUGCCUUUAAAAAAAGGUACUAUUUGCUACAAGUCUUUAGUCCCUGGAGGUUACAUAAAAGACUAAAAAGAAUUAGUAAGACUUUUAAUGGAUUUAAAGGUAAACAGACCCGCGGCUUAAAAAAAAAUGCAAACAUUAAAAAAAGUGGAAGAAAUUUUUAAAGAUCUGAGACGUAUUAACGAUUGCAAUAACAUUUCUUUAUUUAUUUUUGCUUUUUUUUAAAUUUUAUCUCUGUCAGGUGUUUUAUUAAGAUGGGCAGUUACUGUUUUAAAAGGACCCUAUCAUAAUCAUUUCUAUACAGACAUAGUGGUUUUAAUGGAGAACAUACGUUUUCGUGUCUGUUUCGUUUGUAUGUUUUCUUUAUACAUGUUUUAUUUUAAGAUUGCUCGUAAACUGGUCCUAUGACAUCUGUUUCAUAGGACUUUUAAUUAAUUAUUCUUUGUUACAAAAUGUACACUAUGGGCUUAAUUUAUGGCAACCAUUGUUUCGAGAUUCUGGUGAAGUCUCGUUUUUAAACAUUGUAUCAAUAAUGUAUGUUCUUAAAAGAUAACUGCAUUUUAUUUUCUAAUCAAACCUGUAAGAUUAGGUUUGAAUCUGAUUUUAUAGAAAAAAUAGAUGAAUGCAAAAAAAGUUGUCAGAUUGUCACAUCUAUAUGCACACAGAUACCUAUUGUAUAGUAAAAACUGACUUAACCCCUUAAGGACACAUGACAUGUGUGACAUGUCAUGAUUUCCCUUUUAUUCCAGAAGUUUGGUCCUUAAGGGGUUAAAGGCACACUAUAGGCACCCAGAGCACUGCAUCUCAUUGAAGUGGUCUGGGUGCAGUGCCCUUGUCCCCUUAACCCUGCAAUGUAAAACAUUACAGCUUUGCAGAUACUGCAAUGUUUAUAUUGCAGGGUUAAGACAACCAGGCAGCCACUAGAGGCGCUUCCUACAGUUUUUCAGAGUUUAAGUACGUGAAACGAUGCUGGAUGUCCUUACACUUUGCAGGAGGACAUGCUGCGUCACGCAAAACCCUUUUGGAAAGUAUUGAUAUGCUACACAUUAGGUUCCCCCAUCAGUGUGACAUUAGAGGAUACAGAGUGAAAUCCAGCACCAAAGGACAUUCUUAGUAGUGGAUUUAAGUAACUUAGAAAUAGUUUUUUAAUUCAUUUUUUGCUGCUGGGUGGGGAGUGCGGAGGCAGAGGGUCACUUUAGUGCUAGGGAUAUAGUUUUGUAUUCGUAAUACUAUAGUGUUCCUUUAAAAGAAACAGGGAGUCUUCCUCCUGUCCCCCAUACAUCUCCGUCUCAAAAAAACAACAAACCCUUAAAGGUUCCAUUUGAAAAGAAGUUGCAUUCUGAUUUGCUGUUUGUUGUUUUUAGUAAAUCAUACGACUAGAAUUCAGAUCAUGAUCAGUAAGUAGAAGAGCAGAUAUGAGGAUAAACUAAGAUUUGCCUUUAAUCUGUGUAAGAAAUACUUACUUCUUAACACCAUGCAAGUAAUGUGUAAUUUAAAAGACUUUUUAUAUCUUUCAGAUUGUCAGACACAGCUCUGUCUUAAAGAAUUGUUUAAAGGGACACUAUAGUAACCAGAACAACUACAGCUUAUUGAAUUUGUUCUGGUGAGUAGAAUCAUUACCUUCAGGCUUUUUGCUGUAAACACUGUCUUUUCAGAAAAAAUGCAGUGUUUACAUUACAGCCUAGUGAUAACUUCACUGGUCACUCCUCCGAUAGCUGUUAGAGAUCCUUCCUGGGUCAUGGCUGCCUAAAAUGCAUCCAAACAUUCAGUGUCUCCUCCCUCUGCAUGCAGACACUGAACUUUCCUCAUAGAGAUUCCUUGAUUCAAUCCAUCUCUAUGAGGAGAUGCUGAUUGGCCAGGGCUGUGUGUGAAUUGUGCUGGCUCUGCCCCUGAUCUGCCUCCUUGUCAGUCUCAGCCAAUCCUAUGGGGAAGCAUUGUGAUUGGAUCAGGCUACCACUUCUGAUGAGGUCAACAGACUGCUUGUUUUCUUUUAGGCAAACAGCAUGCAGAGUUACAGCUUCAGGCUUGAAUACAGUAAGGUUUUGCAAUAUUUAUGGAGGCAUGAGGGGCCCAGGGUGGCUAGAUGGUGGUUUUAACACUAUAGGUUCAGGAAUACAUGUUUGUGUUCCUGACCCUAUAGUGAUCCUUUAAUUGUGAUUGGCUUUCCAUUUACUAAAUCAUUCUAGUAGUGCCCUUUUAACAGCACUUUUCAUUUGUCAUUGAUGGAAACCUUUUAGCAGUUGUAAAGGAUUCUUAUUCGGAAUCCCAAACAGUGAGUUAAAAACUGACUUUCAAAUACAAAUGUGGACAUUCACACAUACAGACUGAAAUCCUGUGUAUUUGUUUGCAAAACCCAAAGUGUAGUGAAUCUGUCACUAUAGCUGAGUUAAAGGAUUCAAAAUAAGUUUUUUUUGCCUCUAGUUCAGAUUUCACGUUUCCCCUUUUUAGAAACGUGUUACUAUAAAUAUUUUACUAUAAAUACUAUUUUCUAUGCAAAAGAAAUGAAAUUACGAAUUGAGUUUGCUAAUUCAGGAAACUUGGAUGUAGAAAUUAAUUCUGAAUCCCGGGGGAAGCACUAUUCAUGCAUUGCCCAUCAUCAUGUAGAGGUUAAUCAUGUAAUCCAAAAUGUAACUUAAGGAUCUUAAAACCAAUGUAAAUACCAUCAUAUUUUGGAAUUUCGUGCCUUCCCAUUUCUUUACAGGAUACAGUACAGCAGCCAUAAGCCAAUCAGUAGCCUUUAACAUGGACUGGUAGUCUCAGCAAUCUAACCAGGAGUUUGGGCUAUUGUGCUGGAGAAGUCCAUAGGACUUUUUAUUUUUUUGUUCUAGGGUAUUUUGUAAAUAUAUAUUUUUAUUAUAUUUGGUAGAUAUUUAUUGCUAGUAAUGGUCUUAUUUUGUAUUUAAGUGAUGAGUGUCCCAUUCCAAUGCAGCCUACUUUUCCAAUACCAAUUCAGGCAGUAGUGAAUUUAAGGAUUGUUAGACUUGUUAGACUCACUCUUUGCCUGGCUGUGACACCGUUAAUGCCACACAGGAAUAUCCACUAAAUUGUAAUUUGUCAGGAAAUCAAAGUGAAUUUCAGAUUUUAGAUUAAAACUCCAUCUCCAUGUUAGGUUAUUCUACCUAAAACUUAAAGGACCACUAUAGGCACCCAGACCACUUCAGCUUAAUGAAGUGGUCUGGAUGCCAGGUCCCUCUGCUGUAAACAUAGCAGUGAAACUGCUAUGUUUAUUAAUGGGUUAAGCCUUCCCCUAUUUCCUCUAGCGGCUGUCUCAUUGACAGCCGCUAGAGGCGCUUCCGCGCUUCUCACUGUGAUUUUCACAGUAAGAAGACGCCAGCGUCCAUAGGAAAGCAUUGAGAAUGCUUUCCUAUGAGACUGGCUGAAUGCGCGCGCAGCUCUUGCCGCGCAUGCGCAUUCAGCCGGGGACGUCAAAAGAGGGAGGAGAGUCCCAGCGACGAGGGAGCUCGGCACUGGAAAAAAGGUAAGGGAUUAACCCCUUCCUACACCUUCAGCGCGAUGGGAGUGGGACCCUGAGGGUGGGGGCACCCUCGGAGCACUAUAGUGCCAGGAAAACAAGUUUGUUUUCCUGGCACUAUUGUGGGCCUUUAAAAUUAAUGUUUAAUUUGCAAAAGCGUACCUCCCAAGUGUACCACCCUCGGGGCACUAUAGUGCCAGGAAAAUGAGUUUGUUUUCCUGGCACUAUUGUGGGCCUUUAAAAUUAAUCUUUAAUUUGCAAAAGCGUACCUCCCAAGUGUUCUUUUUUAGGAGGGACAGUCCUAUUUUGUAUCCCAAAUCCCUCUGUCUCUCUUUUCUAUCCUAAUGUCCCUAUUUUUGAGGAGCUCCAUGUUGUUAGUGUGUUUGAGUGUAUAACAGAGCUCCACGACAAAAAUGCUACCAGUACUGUGUCUGAGUGGAUAACAGAGCUCCACAGCAAUAAUACUCCCAGCAAUGUGUCUGAGUGGAUAACAGAGCUCCACAGCAAUAAUACUCCCAGUAAUUUGUCUGAGUGUAUAACAGAGCUCCACAGCAAUAAUACUCCCAGUAAUGUGUCUGGGUGUAUAACAGAGCUCCACAGCAAUAAUACUCCCAAUAAUGUGUCUGAGUGUAUAACAGAGCUCCACAGCAAUAAUACUCCCAGUAAUGUGUCUGAGUGUAUAACAGAGCUCCGCAGCAAUAAUACUCACAACAAUGUGUCUUUAAACUAUAAUAAAUAUGUUUAGAAAUCAGUCUAUGUAUAUAAAAUACACUGUUCUUGUUAUAAAUUACAUUGUAGUUGUACAAAUAGUUAUUAGUAAGUCAACUUACAUUUCUCAGAAUCCCUAACUCAGCCACUGCCUCCCCUCAACUCACACCCCUAUAAUGAAAGUGUACCUCUUUGUCUAUUUGAGACAAUAUCCUGUAUGCGUGUUAUGGUGAAAGGAAUGAGGAAAUCAAUAAGGACUUUAAUAUAUUUUUACCCCCUCUUACCACUGAUGUUGGUAAUACCAUCAUAUCCCAAUGCUUGCAGUGUGUAACAGUGAGCAUGGAUAAAAUAUACUGACAGAUCCCACUCAUGGCAGCAGCACACCGUGUGGCCUUUAUUGGGUAUGACACAUGACAUGAAUGUUACACUUGGUUGAUCCCUAGGGAUAGGGACUCCUAAAACAUGGUUACAUAAUAAUAAGAGACGGAAAGAUCUAGUUAUUCAAUUUCAGCCUUUAACACAUCAUGUUACUACUGCUGAUCAAAAAGAAGGUAGAAAAACAAAAAAUUUGACACUAUUUCCAAAUUUGACACAAAAAAGCCCUUGUUUUCAAAUCGAACAAUGCUGCCUUCUGAACUUGUCUCUUUAUAGUACAUGUCUCUGAUUUUCCAAUUUUGGGCAUUAGACUGUCUCAUUUUACUGAAUGGCAGCAUCACAAAAACACUGGCACUACAACUAAAUGAAGAGCCUUGGUUUGUCUACCACACUCUGCUGGUGGUGAGAAGUUACUGCACUCGCCUGUCUGGGGUGCUCUAUUGUAGCAGUUCUGUGUGGAGUCGCAAUAACUGUAUAUCUUACAUAUCUACCUCCAACUACUUGUUAGUUCAAAGUGCCAAUCCUAUACAGAUGCAAUGGUUUUGGAUUAUAUGGGUAGUCUACUGUAAAUGCAAAAUGCUUUGUUGUUUUUUUUAAAUUUGUUUUACAUUUUGAUUAUUUUAUUGAUACUAGAUAUUUUUUAUUCAUUUUAUUUAGAAAAUAUCCAGUAAUGUUUUGUUUUAUAAAGCUCUCUGCUGAUCUAAAAAAUAUGAGUUGAAAUUAGGGGAUUUAAGCGAUUCGCUACAGAGAUCGGAUAUAGGUGACCUGACGAUGAAGAUGGUCUGUUCUGGCAUGAAAGGGUUAAUUCUGCGUUUUAUGUCUUUUAAGAAAAAAGGAAAAAUUCUGAAAUGUAUAUUGCAAAACUGUAGGAGAAUAUCUCAUGUUGCAGAGACUCCCUCGGUCACAGACUCAGUUAAAAUGAUGUCUAACAGAUGCCUGUAUUUGUUGAGCUAAUUCUCUUUACAUAAGGAAUGACCUACAAAUGUGCGCCUUGUAUAUAAACUCAACGACUGUGGAUGAAAGUGCCUGAAAUUUAUUGGGAUCCAGAAAAUCUCCUCCAAAAAGCACAAAAUUAAUAGAACCUCCGAGAGGAUUUGAAAUAAUGUACUUCAAACAAGACAUUAAACUUAAUAUAUAUACUGGAAUGUAAAAUUAUUUAUUUGUAGAUAUAUAACAUGUCUGACAUUUUUCUAGAGGACAUUUUUCAAAAAAAACUGUUAUUUUUCUAAUAAAACCUUUAAAACA